AUGGCGACACCACUCGGCGGCACAGCCAUCAUCACCGGAGGAAACGGCUCGCUGGGGUCCGAAAUCGCCAUUGCCAUUGCAAAAUCACAACCCUUUGUCCAUCUCCUUCUGCUGGCCCGCGACAUCCGAUCCGACAGCGUCCGCGAGCUGAUGGACCGCAUUCGACUGAUUGGGUCGCGGUCCGUCGAAGUGGCCCGCGUCGACCUGGCCAGCGUCAACUCCGUCGUCAGCUUCGCCCAAAACACCGUCGAAAGGGUGCAAAACAAGGAGAUCCCACCGGUGACACUGCUGAUCAAUUCUGCCGCCGUGUCGUCAUAUGUGGCCGACCACGUCACACGAGAUGGGCACGAUCCCGUCUACCAGACAAACUGCAUCGCGCCGUUCCUCUUGACCGUCAGUCUGCUCGAGGCCUUCCGCGCCGGCGACGGAACCCCCAAUGGCGGUGCCAAGGUGAUCAAUAUUGGAUGUUCGGCCAUGGCCAAGGGCUCGUUGGACUAUUUUGACAAAACGGACCCGGAGGUGAGCUCACGGCCGGGAACCCCGUUGAGCUCCAAGCAGGGAAAUGCGCGCUUCGGGAGCAGCAAGCUGAUCAUGAGUGCCGCGAUGUAUGCCCUGCGACGAAGUUUGGUUCUGACUGGAAACAUCUCGCUUAAUAUAUUCACUCUCGAUCCGGGCGGACUAGCCGGAGAGAGCCAUCUGACAACAAGCGCCCCUCGGUCCGUCCGAAUGGCACAUCAGACUCGGUCUGGACUCCGACCUUUUCUGCGGGUAUUCUCCAAAAGCGCAAUCAAUAAGACCAAAGUCCCCGCCAAGGUGAUCGCGAAAGUCGCAUUCCAACGCGACACGGUGGAGACCUGGGGCAGGGAACGAUAUUAUAUCUUGGACAGCGAGUACGAAGCCGGAUCCGUCAUUCCGGUGUUGCGAGACCCGCCACAGAUGGACGCCUUGCUCCAGAAGGUGAUGCGACAGGUCGAGAUUGGAGUCAAGGGGAUGGGGUCGCCGGAGUCUCGGAUUUCACGUCUGAGCGCACAUUAA